AUGCUCAGCGUCAAGACUCUCUUCAUUGGCGUUGCAGUCGGCCUCACUGCCGUCAGCAUCGUCCACGCUGCUCCUGGCCUUCUCAGUGGCGACGAGAACCGCGCCCUUUCCAUGCUCAACACUGCUCGUUCCGAGGCAGGUGUCCCUGCCAUUCUUUGGGACAACAAGCUCGUGCAGGACGCCGACCUCUGGGCGACUGCGCUCGCCGCUCAGGGCUACAUUGGCCGUGCUCCUGCUCAUCAGCGUGAUGGUGCUGGCGAGGUCAUUGCCUACUUCAGCUCUGUGGCCAAGGACAGCGUUCAGGUCACCAACCCUCUCGCCUCGGCUGUCAAGCUUUGGCUCAGCUUCAAGGAUAUGAACAAUUUCCAGACCACCGUCGAGAACUACUACGAGACUUGUAGCACCACUGAGCAGCUUCUCUCCGAGAAGGUGACUCACAUCGGUUGCUCUACCCGCCUGGGCAGAAAGGAUGGCGCUCCGGACCCUCUCACCUCCUUCACCGUCUGCCGUGUCUUCAAGGACGUUGAGCCCCCCGCUAUCUUGGCUCGUCAGGAUCUCAGCCCUGGUCCCUUCCAGGGCGACAUCACCUUCUUCAACCCUGGUCUUGGCGCCUGUGGCUGGACUGACAACGACAACUCCAUGAUUGUUGCCAUCUCCCACAUCAAGAUGGGUUCCCAGUCCAACGGAAAUCCCCUCUGUGGCAAGACUGUCCGCAUUCAGGCCGAGGGCAAGUCCGUCGACGUUAAGGUGACUGACAAGUGCAUGGGUUGCGCUGAGAACGACAUUGACGUCAGCCCUGCCGUCUUCAAGGCCCUCCUGGGUGACCUUGGCCGCGGCCGCGUCAGCGGUGUGACUUGGAGUCUUGUCUAG